GCAUUGGGAAAAGGGUUUUUGGAGUGGAGCUUUUCAAGGCCAAGACAGAAAAUUUAAUCCAUAUAUUCAUAAGGGAGAAGGGGAGCUUUUCGAGGCAUAUGAAUCUCCUUUGAAUGCUCCUCGAUUGCCUUCUGUAAACACUUUUGUACCCAAUCAAAGCAUCAAUACAAACACAACAGACGCAAAAGAAAGAAAAUUACGAAAGCAAAAGAUAACCCAGCAAAAUCGAAUCAUCGAGACAAAGUUUCAAUCAGCAGAAGAAAAGAAGUGGGAGAAAAGUCUCUCAACUGUACGGCAGCCGAACAUGGUGCCUUCUGAUUCCGGAGUACUGUAGCCUUUCCUUCAUUCGUUGCUUCACUUCUCUUCCCUGAAAAGUUCAUGGCCAUGGGUUUAAACUAAUAAAAAGAUCUCGUAUCUGUCAAAUGGCGAAGGAGUACAGUGGAUCUCCUAAGCUUCAUCAGCUUGAAUCAAAGAGGAAGCGUCUCACAUGGGUGUUAGGGGUCAGUGGGCUAUGCGUGCUCUUCUAUGUUUUGGGAGCUUGGCAGAAUACGACUUCUGCGCCGUCCAACCGAUCUGAGGUUCACACCAAAGUCGGAUGCGGUGUUGGUUCCCCAGCAGCAGGCAACACCCAUUCGUCAUCGUCAUCGUCAUCGUCUUCGUCUUCGUCUUCAUCAUCUUCCACCACCUCCCUCGACUUCAUAGCCCAUCACCAGGUGGGGCUCAACAAUACCGGCGGCGGUACUCAGAAAUUCGAAGCUUGCGACAUGUCCUACAGUGAGUACACUCCCUGCCAAGAUCCGAGGAGAGCAAGGAAAUUCGAUAGAAACAUGCUGAUAUACAGAGAGCGGCAUUGCCCCAUCAAAGACGAACAACUGCUCUGCCUGAUACCUGCUCCACCCAAGUAUAAGAACCCUUUCAAAUGGCCACAGAGUAGGGACUACGCCUGGUAUGAUAACAUCCCCCACAGAGAGCUCAGCAUUGAAAAGGCCGUCCAGAACUGGAUACAAGUCGAGGGCGAUCGGUUCAGGUUCCCUGGUGGGGGUACCAUGUUCCCGCGAGGAGCCGAUGCUUAUAUCGACGACUUAAACGAGCUCAUCCCACUGACAACAGGAACAAUCAGGACUGCCAUCGAUACAGGCUGUGGAGUUGCAAGCUGGGGUGCUUACCUGCUUAAGAGGGACAUCCUGACAAUGUCGUUUGCACCAAGAGAUACACAUGAGGCACAGGUGCAAUUUGCACUGGAACGGGGAGUUCCAGCCAUGAUUGGUGUCAUGGCGUCCGAGCGUAUCCCUUACCCUGCAAGAGCUUUUGAUAUGGCCCAUUGUUCACGCUGCUUGAUUCCCUGGCAUCAAUAUGAUGCGCUGUAUCUAAUUGAGGUGGAUAGAGUUCUGAGGCCUGGUGGCUACUGGAUUCUAUCUGGCCCCCCUAUUCGCUGGAAGAAAUACUGGAGAGGUUGGGAGCGAACCCAAGAAGAUCUUAAACAAGAACAAGAUGCAAUUGAGGACGUUGCGAAACACCUUUGUUGGAAUAAAGUGAUCGAGAAGGACGAUCUUGCUAUUUGGCAAAAACCCAUCAACCAUAUCGAGUGUGUUAAGAGCAGGAAACUUUAUAAAACACCCCACAUCUGCAGAUCAGAUGAUGCAGAUGCUGCCUGGUACAAAAAGAUGGAAACUUGCAUAACACCGCUUCCGGAGGUAAGCAGCUCAGAUGAGGUUGCAGGUGGAGCAUUGGAGAAAUGGCCGGAUCGUGCUUUUGCCGUUCCUCCUAGAAUAAGUAGGGGGUCGAUCCCUGGCAUCAAUGCUGAGAAAUUUCGAGAGAAUAAUGAGAUGUGGAAGGAUAGAGUAGCACACUACAAACGAAUUAUUAGCCCCCUACCUCAAGGAAGAUACAGGAACAUAAUGGAUAUGAACGCAUACCUUGGGGGAUUUGCAGCAGCCCUCACAAAAUAUCCAGUAUGGGUCAUGAAUGUGGUUCCUGCUAGUUCCAAUCAAAAUACUCUGGGUGUGAUCUACGAGCGGGGUUUCAUUGGAACAUACCAGGAUUGGUGUGAAGCCUUCUCUACAUAUCCAAGAACCUACGAUCUCAUUCAUGCUGAUGGCGUUUUUAGUAUCUAUCAGGACAGGUGCAACAUCAUGUACAUUUUGUUGGAGAUGGAUAGAAUUCUGAGGCCCGAAGGGACAGUAAUAUUCAGGGAUACCGUGGAGGUUCUUGUGAAGAUACAGGGCAUAACGGAUGGAAUGAGAUGGAAGAGCCAGAUCAUGGAUCAUGAGAGUGGGCCGUUCAACCCGGAGAAAAUUCUCGUUGCUGUUAAAAGCUACUGGACUGGUGAGGCUGCGCUGAAACCUCUCUGAUACCCCGUGUAUUCAC